AUGGAUCCCGGCUAUCUUAAACAAAGGGAGGAGGAGAGUAAGCCUUUGCAAACCGUCGAACGUUACAAAAGUCUAAUAGAAGCUUUGUUAUACGCAGCCGUAAUGACUAGACCGGAUAUUUCGAUUGCAACAUCAAUAUUGGGUCGUCGUGUCACCAAACCCACUGAGAGUGACUGGAACGAGGCUAAACGCAUUUUACGCUAUCUGAAUGGUACAAUCAACUAUGAGCUUUGUCUAGGAUUUAACCAUCGAAACCUCGAGUGCUUUGUAGAUGCCGACUGGGCUGGAGAUACCAGUGAUCGUAAAUCCAAUUCUGGAUAUCUGUUCAAUUUGGGAGGAGGCUUAAUUGGAUGGGGCUACCGGAAGCAGAAAUGUGUGGCCUUAUCCAGUACUGAAGCUGAAUACAUAACACUAGCGGAGUGUUCACAGGAGCUGCAGUGGACAAGGAAGCUGUUGAAUGACAUAGGUGAACCCGUAAAAUUGCCAAUCACGAUUAACGAGGAUAACCAGAGCACCAUCGCUCUAACGCAAGGUGAUCGCACUGAGAGAAGAUCGAAACACAUCGAUACUAAAUACAACUACAUCAAGGAGCUUGUACGUGAAGGUGUCAUACAGUUGAAGUAUUGCCCGUCCGAAUUCAUGGAGGCUGACAUUUUGACUAAGCCACUGCAAAUGAUCAAGUUACAGCGUCUAAGAGAGGCAAUUGGCCUCAAACCCUACAGCGUUGAGGAGGAGUGUUGA